CUUCAGUUAGUUGUGUCUCUUUGAAUGUCCGGGUGCAGAUGAAGGGCAUCUGAUAUACAGUGCUGAGGGGGAGGCAGAAAGGAGUGAGAGGUACUUUGACUGACUGCCUCUCGGUGACUCUCUGUGACUUGAAAUUCCUCCCCUUUUAUCGGCAACAUUACAGCUCAGAGAUGAAGAAAGACCUGUUUCUCUUCUGCUUUUUGGUUUCAGCACUGGCUGCAUCUGUACAAAGUAAUCCACAUGGAAAAAAGCAGCAUGUCAGACACAACACAACUCCAAAAGAGCAGCCAGGGUCAGUGAAGCGUCAUGACAGUAACGAUGGAGUUCUGCCCACAUUUCUGCCUUUUGAGUCCAGCACACAGGACCCAGAGGAUGAGGACAAGAGAGAAGAGAAUGAGAGCCGUGUGGAAAUGAAGCAAGCAGAGGCAGAAGAGCUUGAAGUUUCAGAGGAAGGUGAGAAGAAUACACCUUUGCUCCUGAGUGAGGAGGCACUGUCUCAGCUCCUACAGGUCCCCGAGGAGGAAGAUGAUGAUAGUUCAAAAAAAGACAAAGAAAUGAAGGAGAUGGAGGAGGAGGGAAAGAAAGAUGGAGAAUCUACGAUGAAGAAUGAAGAUGGAACUGAAAAAAGAAAUGGUGAGAAAGAUGUAGAGGAUGCAAAUGAGACCGACAGCAGUACUGAGUCAGAGAUCCCAAUUGAUUUGGACUAUGCAACUGACCGUGAUGCUUCACAACCACUACCCACCAAGCUAGAGGAGGUCAAAGCUUCAACCAUCAACGCUAAGGAAAAAGAGACAGAGGAAACAGCUGAAGAUGUGAUUCCCACAGUCACAGUGGACUAUGAUUCUCAGCAAUCCAACACUGACUCUGAGGACAUUGCAGAAGAGCAGGACGUGCCAGCAGAACAAACCCAAGAUGAGCCUUUACAAGACUCUGAGAAUGACAAUGAACAAGAGAAGAGUGAUCAACAGGAUAAGAAGAACAGCAGUGAAUCUGAGGAUGCUAUUCUUUCUAGUGGCAAGAAGACAAAGAAGGAGAAGAAAAAGCAGAAGAAUGAAGGCAACAGCCAUGGAAAGAGCAAACACAAGAGGCUACGAAACAAUCAGCACCUCGAGAAGAUGCAGAGUGACCAAGCAGAACAUAAUCAUAGGAAAGACCCAGAAAAACUGGAGGAGCCCACUGAAAAUACAGAGCCUAAAACCAAAAAGAAGAAUGGGAAAUGGUCUCGCUUGGUGGGGAUGAAUCCCAUACAGAUCAGGGCCGCUAUGGAGCUUUACCCUGACAUUCGACCCACCCAUCGGCCCAGCGGACAGGGGUUGUCAGAUGACCCCUGCGAGAACUUUCGCUGUAAAAGAGGAAAGACGUGCAAAAUGAAUGAUGAGAACAAACCUGUCUGUGUGUGUCAGGAGCCGUCAGAAUGUCCUCUCAGUGUAAAUGAUUUUGAGCAUGUAUGUGGAACUGACAAUAAGACAUAUGACACAUCCUGUCAGCUUUUUGCCACCAAGUGUGGCCUUGAGGGGACCAAAAUAGGCCACAGACUUCACCUGGAUUACACUGGAUCCUGCAAAUUUAUUCCUCCAUGUCCAGAGUCGGAGCUGGUGCAGUUCCCUCUGCGUAUGCGAGAUUGGCUGAAGAAUGUGCUUUUGCAAUUAUAUGAGCAUGAAUCCAUGUCUCCUGGCUUUCUCACAGCUAAACAAAGUAUCAGGGUUCAGAAGAUCUAUGAGAGUGAGAGACGUCUUCAUGCAGACGAUCACUCCGUUGAGAUUCUACAGCAGGACUUUGAGAAGAACUACAACAUGUACAUCUAUCCAGUGCACUGGCAGUUUGCACAGAUGGACCAGCAUCCUUCAGACAAGUUUCUUUCUCACUCUGAGCUGGCUCCACUGCGUGUCCCCCUAGUUCCAAUGGAGCAUUGCACCUCAGUCUUUUUCCAAAAGUGUGAUGCUGACAAGGACAAACUGGUCUCCUUCAAGGAGUGGUGCAGCUGCUUUGGCAUUAAGGAAGAUGAUAUGGAUGCCAAUCUGCUGUUCUGAGCAAGUGCGAAUGCAUAAACAAGCAUCUCUGAGCUAAUAGAAGCAAAGGUUGUCUUUUUUUAAACUAAAUAUGAUAGAUAUACUGUAACACUGGAGGUCUGUUCAGUGAAAUUGUACUGUUUUGUAUGUGUAGAUCUAGAUGGAACAGAAUGUCUAAAAACCUUUUUUUGAUGCAUUAUAUGUGUAGCAUAUUGGAUAUAAAAAAAAUAAAUAAAUAACUAUAGUUAAUAAUUUAGUUGAAAAAUGAAUAAGUAGUACUUGCAAUGUAUGCAUUCCAGGGGAGAGGUUUACUUAGUGAAUAUAAACUUAAUAAAAUAGAUUUUAUAAAGAUGUUGGAAAUGUUUCCAGAUCAUGAAAAAAGUCAUUCGUAUGUGCUUGUUGUCAAAUAAUUAGCCUAUACGUAUUUAUUACAAAUUAUAUUAAUGGCUUAAAUUAAUAAAUCAGGAAUUUAUUAUUACUAUUAUUAUUAUUAUUAUUAUUAUUAUUAAAUCCACCAAGCAUUUUAUAUGACCAUGUUAAAGAUGGCUUCCUUAAAAAAUGAUAAUGUAAUUCUUUAAGACUGAUAAUGUUUUGAACCCCUCUAUUAAAGUUCCAGUUUGAUUUGCAUCACAUGUUUUAUGUCCUAUGACAUAAGCUUUGGAAGCUGUUACACACACUGACAACAGUUACUGUGUUCGAAAAAGAACUGUGUGGGGCAUGACACUGUAAUUAAAACAAACAAAAAAAUGUGUCUAAAAAAAAAAAAAAAUCCCUUAGGAAGUCAUUAAACUACUGCUGUCAGAACUGUGUGCCUGUGUGCAGUGUAAUUCAAUAACCAUGUGACUUCUGUGAGCGGUUGAGGCAUUGCACACAGUCAUCCUCUCUGAUUAGACUAACUGCCUCACAUGCAAUGAACACUUUAUCAUUUGAGGACAAUGACCUCAAAUAACCUUAUAUCAUCUGUUACAUGUGCCAGAAGUACUUCAUUUGGAAAUUUGUAUCUACUAAAGCUGAAUGAGACUCUUGCAACCCCACAUACGACAAGUGGUUCAGGAAUAUUUGGAUGGAUGCUCUGGAAUUUUCUUAUAUUCUUAUCUGUAGGGCGAAUACAUGAUCAAAAAUAUAUACAAGAAAGAGUUGAUUUAAAAAAAAUAAUAACUUUUGAACAAUUUGAUUUUCUCCUUACCAUAUUCUGUGUAUUGGUGUCGGUAUCUGCCCAAAACAGCUUUUCACUGGAUGCUUUUUCCCCCCAGACAGAGUCAGAGAGUUAAAUAAUUUUAGUUUGUUUACAGAUUUUGCAUGCACACUCUGGGUCUCUGUCAGGUUUGAUAAGAUAAGACCACUUGGUGCUAAGAUUUCAGAAAAAGAGUAAACAAAUACAUGAAUAAAUAAAUAGAGUGCAAGAAGGAUUCUGGAGGAAGUAAAAAAAGUCAAACAACAAACUUCACAAGCCAGUGAUACUGUUGACUUGUAUAUGUCCAGAACAAAUAAGCUUACUCUAAAUUACGAACGUCUGCUUGUGACCAUCAUGCAACAGUGCAGUCAAAAGUUUUAUUGUGCUGAUCAUAAAUACUUUAGACUACGUGAAAAGCUUAAAGGGAAGCUCUCUAAAGGCAGAUCAAAGAGAACAAUGCAUUUGACUAAUGAGUCAUCAAAUUGGAGACAUAAAGUGGUCAAUAUAUUUUAUUUAGUCAUCAAAUCAAUUUUUCAUCAAUCUUUAAAGCAGCCUUGCUACUCUUACAAUUAAAAGAAAUUGCUUGUCUAAUCGUAAUGAAAGACAUAUAAAUAACCCACUGUGAUAUUGGCAUAUGAGUUUUAGCAUUUCACAUUUAUAGGCCUACUUCUAUAACGUUGUUGAGGAAUCUUGUUUGUUUCUAUGUUUACGUUUGUCCCUCUGUUCACUAAAAACAAUUUAAAAUUCUGUUUAAUUAAUGGAAAUAUUUAAACAAUUAUUUCAAUAUUUUUAUAUGGUACUGACAGCACUUAAUUUAUUUCACGUUUUUCUUUUUUAUGCUUCUUCAGAAUCAGUGGUUGGCUAUAAUGUCAAAUUAGUCCUCACUAAUACAUAUACAACACCGUUCUUAGGAGUAACUAAACUAUAUCUCAGUAAAAAAACGAAUCGCACUUGACUCAGCAACUGUUGAAUGAACUGAAUGCCUUAAUUUGAGGUAAACACGCUUCACACUUACCAUUUUUAUUAACAUUUAACAAGAAAGUGUAUGUUUUCCAUGUAUUCAGUUAAUUUCCUAUUUAUGUAUAGCCUAUAUAAACACUUAUAUCUUUACGCACAUUUAACACAACAGUAAACAUGUAGGCUACAUACACAUCCACACAGUUAAGAGACUAUUUGACAGUCAGAAACAUUGAUAUCUCAAUAAAUAUGCAGUGAUAAUGCAAAUAUUUAUUGAUUCAUGGAGCAUAUGAAGUAUUCAAGUUUUGGCAUCAAAUAGAAUUUGAAGAGAGUGUAAUCAAGAGAGCUUUGAAGUUUGAUGGCUUAUUUAUGACUUGGAUUUGUUACUGUAAACUGUGCUGGCUUACAUCCCCAUGAGAACAGAUAUAAAUAAAGCAAUGGAAAUAUUGAAUUAAAGACUAAAGAUUAAAUGGAAGCAUCUGUCAUAGGAAUUGUUAUUGGAUUUUUCCCCCAGUAGAGGGCAGCAUUACAAUUUUGUUUUAGUGACUACCUCGAAGCUUUUCGAGGAUGAGACUUUA